AUGAUUGAUCGACUCAGAUCGCAACCAGUAGACUAUCUAUUGGAGAAUUUUCUAAAUGACAUGCAGAAUAAGAAGAUGAACGUUGAAGUGCGCACAGAGCGUGUGCACAAGACAAUGGCGAUAUUGAAGGAGCGUUACCGCAACUCGGACAAGAGACCUAUACACUUACAAAUCCUCAAAGUACAAAGGUACAUAGCACUUAGGUACUAUGGAUUGCAAUCAGUUGUAGAUACUCUCAUUAAAAGUGACAAGCAACCGGAUAGGAGGGAAGGACACUUGUCCGACAUGGACCACGGCAAGUUUCAUACUAUGACUGAGACACACAUAACAACGGCGGCUGUGACACAAGCAGAGCGUAUGUUGAGAUAUCAGGUGCGAGCAGCAAACAAACGUAACAAUGCACAGACUACCACACCGGCGGAGGCGAACACUACCAAUGCUAACAAACGGUACAAAACAGACAAUGGUGCAAACGACCACCAUCCCACAUGGGAACAGGCACAGGAGAAGAAAGGGGCACGUGAAGAGCGUGCUUGCCCCUACUGCCUGAAGAAAGCGAACCAAGUAAAGCAGGCUGAGCACCAAGCCAAGAAAGAUGUGCAGAUAGCAAGAAUAUCCAUUACAUCUGGCAAGGUGGAAGACAUCACAGAAAGUGAUGACCCUGAAAACACUGGUGGGCGGAAGCAAACCUAG